UCCUCCCACGAUGGCUACUUCCUCAUUCAUUCGCAAUUCCCUCCCUCUUCCACCCGAGGUCUACGAAGGAGAAGAAUACUUUUGUCGCUUCACACCACGUAUCCACCGAGAUGUACGCCUUGCCGACGCAGGAUCUUGGCAGUGUCAAGUGGACUUUCUGGAAUCCAGUUCACUCGCACGCGUCAAUGCUACACGCAACAAAGCUGUAUCUAGCUAUGCUGUGGGAUGCAUUAACCCGGUCGUUGGAAACUUCACUGCUCUGUGCGCAUGCGAAGCGUUGAGCGACCGUCUUGCGCUUACAACAUACAUGGUGGAGUAUGCCUACAUCCACGAUGAUGUCAUUGAGUAUUCCGAGAUCCAGGAUGAGUCUCAACUAGUUGAAACAAAUCAGCAACUCAUGAAAGGCCUCAGCCUGCACACAGGUGCAAGCUCGAGCUCCAAAGAUGAAGUCAAGAGACGACAACUGCAUGCUAAGAUGAUCAUGGAGCUCAUGGAAGUCGACAAAGAUCAAGCGGCAGAAUGUCUUCGUUUAUGGAAAGAAAUGUCGGAUGUUUUCGUACAAAUCAGAGACAUGAAAUUCACAGUGCUCGAUACUUACCUCAAGUACCGAGUCGUGGAUGCCGGAUGCCCCUGGACCAUGAGUCUUCUCUGCUUCUCCAUGGACUUCAAACUCAACAAAGAAGAAGAAAAGAAGACUGCGGCUAUCACUCAAGCGGCCUACGACGCCUGGGUCUUGGUGAACGAUUAUUUUUCAUGGGAGAAAGAAUGGAGCAACCAUGUUUCCAAUGGUGGUGACGGUGUCAUAGCUAAUGCAGUUUUCCUCUUCAUGAGGUGGUACUCUAUCGAUGCUGAAGCUAGCAAGGUCAUGCUUCGGAAGGAGAUCGUGGCACGCGAAGAGAUGUACUGCAGGGAAAAAGAAGCAUUCUUAGCCAGCGGCGAGGUCACCGAAAAGACGAGCCAGUGGCUAGAACUCCUCGACUUGGUUACCGCCGGCAACUUCGUCUGGAGCAUGACCACCGCCCGCUAUCGACUUGGCGCUGAGGAUGUAUAUCCCCGGCUUCGUGCUGAGUGCUCGGAAUCCCCAGACACGGGGCCCGCUGGCAGUCUUGGCUGUCCCAUCUCAGUCAGCGCAGCCAUCAUGGCAGACAGGAUCGACGACGUCCUCAAGGACCGCAGAUAUCUGGACUUCACCAUAAGAGAGCGCAGACAUAUUCCUGAUAUUCACGAGGGCCGAAAGCUUGAGAGUCAUUCGGAUUCACGCCCCAAUAAGCCUCAGAUUGAGUCAUCGCACGUCACUCCUACGUUUUCUCAGUAUCAUUAUGAAAUGAUUCUCCAACCUCAAGACUACAUUGAUAUGAUGCCCUCGAAGGGUAUCCGAAAUUCUGUGAUUGAUGGUUUGGAAGUCUGGUAUCGCGUCCCAGAAAGGUCUCUCGGCAUCAUUCGCGAUGUGGUGAAUCUACUGCACAGCUGUUCCCUCAUGCUUGACGAUAUUGAAGACAACUCACCGAUGAGACGCGGAUAUCCAGCUACUCACGCCGUAUUUGGUGUGAGCCAGACUAUCAACACCGCCAACUAUCUAAUGCUGAAGGCUCUCAGAGCCACGGACUCACUCUCAGCACGCACCUCGCGUAUCGUGCUGGAUAAGCUUAUGGAUGGUCACAUUGGCCAGGGUUUAGAUCUCUUGUGGACAUAUCAUACCACCGUACCCACCGAGGAAGAGUAUUUCCUAAUGGUCGACGGGAAAACGGGUAGUCUAUUCAUGCUGAUCGCGGAGAUGAUGCGCUCCGAGGCUACUCAGAACAAGAACCUCGAUGCCGGUCUCCUUAUGAAGAUCCUCGGCCGUUUCUUCCAAGCACGUGAUGACUGCCAGAACCUCCGAUGCGAGCAGUACACGAAAAACAAAGGGUUCGCAGAGGAUAUCGGCGAGGGCAAAAUGUCGCUACCGCUCAUCCACGCACUCCGUCAGUCAUCGCAUCGUCACCGCAUUCUCAGCGUCUUACAGCAGAGGAAAGCGAGCAUGAGUCUUAGUCCUGAGUUACGAAAGCUCGUUCUGGAAGAUAUAAAGGCCGCUGGAGGACUUGAAUACGCAAUCAAGAAGACUAGAGAGCUGCAGGAAUCGAUCAGCGAGACGCUUGCCAUGUACGAGGAGAAAGUUGGUGAAAAGAACUGGCUGUUGAGAUUGGCACAGAAGCGGCUGGAGGUAGAUGGUUAG